AUUGGCUGUUCCACUGAUACACACACACACUCAGCUGUGAGGGUUGAAGGUGAAAUUGGUCGAAUCUGAACUUUCUCAUCGCGAUUAUGUCAUCCUGUGCCCUCUACAGCACGCGCACACACCUGUGCAGACGAUUGGCACAACAAUACCAGAGCAGGACUUACACAGCACGAUCAUCUCUAAAUGAAGUUGUCAUCGUCAGUGCUGUCAGGACCCCCGUGGGGUCCUUUAAAGGAUGCCUCUCCACUGUACCUGCAACCAAACUGGGUUCCAUUGCUAUAAAAGGAGCUGUCGAACAAGCAGGGAUCCCUGCGGAAGAGGUUAAGGAGGUUUAUAUGGGGAAUGUGUUGCAAGCGGGAGAAGGGCAAGCUCCAACCAGACAAGCUCUUUUGGGUGCAGGUCUUGCACUGUCCACUCCAGCAACCACGAUCAAUAAGGUCUGUGCCUCCGGGAUGAAAUCCAUCAUGAUGGCUGCUCAGAGUCUCAUGUGUGGACAUCAGGAUGUUAUGGUAGCCGGUGGAAUGGAAAGCAUGUCUCAGGUUCCUUAUGUCAUGGCAAGAGAAGCUCCACAGUAUGGUGGCGUAAAGUUGGAGGAUCUGAUCGUAAAGGACGGGUUGACGGACGUCUACAACAAAUUUCACAUGGGAAACUGUGCCGAAAACACAGCCAAAAACAGCAAGAUUUCUAGAGAGGAGCAGGAUGCGUUUGCUAUUAACUCCUACAGUCGCAGCAAAGCAGCAUGGGAGUCUGGUCUUCUAGCUAAGGAGGUGGUUCCUGUGAGCAUACCUCAGAGAGGCAAACCAGACAUUGUUGUGAAGGAAGAUGAAGAAUACAAAAAAGUAGACUUCAGCAAAGUUCCCAAACUGAAGACUGUGUUCCAGAAAGAGAACGGAACGGUGACGGCAGCUAACGCAAGCACACUGAACGACGGCGCGGCAGCUCUUGUGCUGAUGACAGCGGACGCCGCUAAGAGACUUAAUGUCACGCCACUGGCUAGAAUUGUUGCUUUUGCUGAUGCAGCUGUCGCUCCCAUCGACUUCCCUAUCGCUCCUGCCUUUGCAUUCCCAAAGGUCCUGCAGGCAGCCGGCAUAAAGAAAGAAGACGUUGCUAUGUGGGAGAUCAAUGAAGCAUUCAGUGUCGUCGUUCUGGCCAACAUCAAGAUGUUAGACAUCGACCCCAAUAAAGUCAAUAUAAACGGAGGAGCGGUCUCCCUCGGACAUCCAAUUGGGAUGUCGGGGGCGAGGAUUGUGGGACACAUGGUGCACAAUCUGAAAUCAGGACAGUAUGGACUCGCUGGUAUCUGCAAUGGAGGAGGCGGCGCCUCUUCUAUUCUGAUCCAGAAGUACUAGAUUUUAUGAAGUGAAAUAUGAGUUUGACAUAAUGUGUAGACUACACCAGACAUAUCUCCGAGAGCCUUUUUGUGAACUCUCUCUACAGACUAGAUCACUCCUUUUUUCCACAAAAAAGUUUAUGAAACUUAUAACAGAGGCUCACAAAAUGUUUGUUGAACUUGCAGCUGUUCUGAAAUGUAUUUAUUCUCUUUAUGUGGAUGGUGUCUUUUCAUAAUGUAGCGAUGAAAGGGUUUAGAUUGUUAAAUAAGAAACUACUUAAAAAAAUA